AUGGCUUUUCGCUUGAGACCUUUCGUUCUGCGAAUAUUCAUACACGCAGUUAAUGUAAUAUUAGGGGUAACCAACUUGUAUUUGUUUAUUGUGAAGUUUUUUGGUGUUUUUAUACUCUCUUUAUCAAUUUUUACAUCCUUGAACAAGUCAAAUACCCCGGAAAUCCUUGGCAACUAUCUCUUUAGUGGAGGGGUAUAUAGCGCCUUAUUCUGCUCGAUAUUCCUAAUUUUCCUUCCAAUUUGGGGUUCGAUUGCUCUUAAAAGGUACAGCAGGCUAAUGUUAAUUUUGUAUGUAAUUGGUAUUGCUACCUUAAUCAUUGUCACAUUUUGUGCAGGCACAAGUCUUAUCGUAUUUCCAGCACCGCUUCAAGCUGCCGUAAAGUUGGAGAUGAACAAAACACUAUAUCAUGAAUACGGAAAAAGGGGCUUUAUCACAGACUCCUGGGAUUUCGUACAGUCCUUUUUACGAUGCUGCGCAGUUGAAGAUAAUGGCUGGGGUGCAUACAACGGGUCAUGGUGGGACCUCUCCGUCAACGCUUACUUUUACAGUGUCGAUUCCCGGUUGCCUGAAACGAGUUUAUUCUACAAGCGAGUGCCCAAAUCCUGCUGCCUAACUCUGGUGGACCCUCUUACCGGUUGGCCAACCGACCAAUACCAGAAUGUUCUGCAGUGCCAGAAUUGGCAAUACGGACCCCCACGUUUCACAAAUGGGGCACACAACGACGCCCUAUACUACAGAGUAAGCUCCUUGAAAAACUAUGAAUGA